CAUAUACUGGACAUAAAUAUUUCUCACGAUUUUCACAGACGAUUGGAUAUGUUCAUGCGAUUUCUUCAAGACAGAAAAGGAAAUAUACAAGGAAACCAAACAAUACUGAUUAUCUUCAAUAAAGGAUAGCGCAUUAUUAUUCUUGCAUCAUUUAAAGAAAAUGCUGCCUUGGACAUUCAUUAAGCAGGUACCGAUCUUAUUUGUUCUUACAGAGCACGUAUUUCUGGCUACGGGAGAGAUCCGUUAUUCUAUUCCAGAAGAAAAACCUAGAGGGGCUUUGAUAGGAAAUAUUGCUAAGGAUUUAGGACUAAAUGAUCAGAGAUUGAAAACUGGCAGGGCUCAUAUUUUUACUGAAGGGGGCACGGAAUUCGUAGAGCUAAAUGUAAAUAAAGGGAUUUUAGUUGUUAAAGAGAGAAUCGACAGAGAGCAGAUCUGCGGUAGCAUCACACCUUGUUUAUUACGUUUUCAGAUAAUACUUGAAAAUCCAAUGGAAUUUCAUAGAGUUAUUAUUGAAAUUAUUGAUAUCAACGACAAUAAUCCAGUUUUUUCUAAAAAUAAUAUUCAGUUAGAAAUUAGUGAAUUCUCUCCCACAGGAGCAAUGUUUUCUUUGCCAAAUGCCGUAGACAGCGAUGUGGGUGUAAACAGCUUGAAAUCAUACACACUCACACCAAAUGAUCAUUUUAAAUUAAAGAUUCAGACGCAGUCUGAUGGCAGCAGCUCUGUUAGCCUAUUGUUAGAAACGCCUUUGGAUAGAGAAACACAAGAAGAGCAUGUUCUGUUGUUAACUGCUGUUGACGGAGGUGAGCCUCAGCGGUCUGGAACUACUGAAAUUAAAAUUAUUGUUGUCGACGUGAAUGACAAUGCUCCCGUUUUUACAAAGGAGAUUUAUAAAGUUGCUGUCAGAGAAGAUUCGUCGAUAGGCUCUGUUCUGAUAAAGGUACAGGCAAAUGACGCAGACAAAGACACCAAUGGACAAAUAAAAUAUUUUUUUACCCACUUCACGGGUAAUGCCCAAGAUUUAUUUGCAAUAAAUUCAGAUUCGGGUGAAAUUAAUGUCAUUGGUCAAAUCGAUUAUGAAAACAGAAAUAUGUAUGAAAUAACAGUAGAAGCCAAAGAUGUUGGAAGUCUCGUAGGUUCUUCUAAAGUAAUUAUUGAUGUAAUUGACGUGAAUGAUAACGCGCCGUUAAUUAAUCUCAUGUCAGUCUCAAGUCAAAUUUCUGAGGAUUCAUUACCUGCUACAGUUGUGGCAAUGAUUAAUGUGCAAGAUAAAGACUCGGGAAAAAAUGGAAAAGUCAGUUGUUUUGCUAAUAACAACAUUCCGUUUAAAUUAGCAUCGUCUUUGAAUAAUUUUUACAUUUUACAAACAGAUGGGUUUCUAGAUCGUGAAAAGGUGUCGCAGUAUAAUAUUAGCAUUGUGGCCAAAGACGAAGGAGAUCCUCCGCUUUCAGCUACUCAGACAAUCACACUGCAGAUUAGUGAUGUCAACGACAAUCCUCCAGAAUUCGAAAAGGAGAGUUAUGCAACAUACAUCACAGAAAAUAAUGCUCCAGGAUCCUCUUUCUUUUCCGUGAGAGCCAAAGAUGUCGACUCGGGACUCAACGGGAGAAUCUCUUACUUUAUUGCAGAAACAGGGAUUAAUAACAUCUCGGUUUCAUCAUUCGUGUCUAUUAAUUCGGAUGAAGGUGUCCUGUAUGCCGUGCGUUCAUUCGAUUAUGAGCAGCUGAGUCAUUUCCAAGUCGCCGUGGCGGCUAAAGACAGAGGCUCUCCACCUCUUAGUUCUAGCGUGAUAAUAGAUGUGUAUGUUCUGGACCAAAAUGAUAAUCAUCCAGAGGUUUUAUACCCAAUUCCGAAUAAAGGAUCUCCGGUAGCUGAAUUUUUACCUCGUUCUGCAGAUGUUGGCUAUCUGGUUACAAAAGUUGUGGCUGUUGACAAGGACUCUGGACAAAAUUCUUGGCUUUCUUAUAAAAUAUUCAAAGCUACUGAUCAAACGCUAUUUGAAAUAGGUUUACAUAAUGGAGAACUAAGAACUCUCCGACAAAUUAUGGAGAAGGAUUCUACAAAGCAAAGAUUAACUGUUCUGGUAGAAGACAGCGGACAGCCUUCUCAUUCUGCUACUGUGAAUGUCAACGUUGCCAUUACUGAUAACUUUGCUUUGGCGUUUUCUGAAUUCAACGAUUUUGCGCAAGAGAAAAACAAUAAUGGCGACAUAAAGUUUUACUUAGUGCUCUCAUUAGUGAUAGUCUCUUUGCUUUUUGUGAUUUUUAUUAUUAUUCUAAUAUCUUUAAAAUUUCACAAAUGGAGACAAUCGAAACUUUUCAGUGAAUGCCCUAAUGGAACUCUCCCUGUUAUUCCUUAUUACCCGCCUCGUUAUGCAGAAGUGGGGGGCCACUGGGACUCUUUGUCACGUCUAUAAUUAUGAAGUCUGCCUCACAACGGAUUCAGGAAACAGCGAGUUUAAAUAUGUCAAACCUUUGAUACAGA